UGUGUUUCCCAUUCAGCUCGCUCGGUUCCACGCCCCUGGUAACGACUGGAGGGACCGGCCAAUAACGCAGCACGCUGAGGCACCACGGUCCUCUCCUCUCCUACAACAUGACACCCACCACCUCGGUGUCUCCAGGGCUGCACCCCGCAGCUCAGGUGCAGAGGAGAAUACGCAUGGGAGGAUAAUGAACAUCAGCAGCAGCAACAGGGGGAGUGAGACUGGGGCCUCCCAUCCAGAUGCUUGGCCCGGCAGUCCAGCCCCCCUGAACAUGAACCACUAUGCCAACAAGAAGAGCGCAGCCGAGAGCAUGCUGGAUGUGGCUCUGCUGAUGGCCAACGCCUCACAGCUGAAGGCCGUGCUGGAGCAGGGGCCAAACUUGUCCUUUUACACCCCCAUUGUCACCCUCAUCAGCAUCUCCCUCUGUCUGCAGGUCACAGUUGGGGUCCUGCUUAUCUUCACAGUUCGAUGGAACCUGAAUGAUGAACAAAAGCACUGGAGGCUGAACUUUAUGGAAAACCUAACCACGGGCCUGGUUUUUAUGAUAGUGGUCGUCAAUGUCUUCAUCACGGCUUUUGGAGUCCACAGGCCGAACCGCAGCGACUGACCAAGAACGCGCGCAGAGAAUACAGAGGCGGCAAAAAGUGACGCUCAGUGACGCAAAUCUCCAGAGAUCCGGCACCUGACACCUGACACCUGUACUGAAUAUACACCACCUUUUUGAUGCGGCCAUUUUCCUGCUGAUUCACUCAAAUAAGAAGUGCUUGAAAGGGCCUUAAGUGAGUAUGAAGUGCAUCCGCCCCUGCACACAAGUCUUUUCUUAAGCAGUCAACAGGGUUUGAUGUAGCAUUUAAUUAAGUUGACUUCAAUCUUUCAAUCAAUUUGAUGUUAUUAUUAAUUAAUGCGGGCUUGUCUGUUGCCCUCGAUUUGUCAUUGUUAGAGCACUCCAGUACAUUUUCCAUCGGCCUUGUUGCCCGCUGUGGCGCACUGGAUGAGGGAGCAGUGCCCUCUAGUGUAACUUUCAGAUAGAGGCGACGCGUGUGCAGUCAUCAUCUCCAUUUCAUGCUCACAGCAGACGGAACAGUGCCAGAUACAAACUACUCAGUGUGAUAUUCCCCAAAGACCGUACAGUAUUUGAUGCUGAUUAAUUGUACACAUGUCUGUGCAUAGCUUUUGUCGUACUAGAUUAAA